AUGAUGUUUAUACCAAAGUACCGACCGCCAGACGUGUUGCUGGGUUCAACGGAGUACUCAACGCACAUCGAUAUGUGGGGCGUUGGGUGUAUCUUCUUUGAAAUGGCAACUGGUUGGCCUCUUUUCCCUGGCUCCACUGUGGAAGAAGAGCUCACUCUCAUCUUCAAACGGCUAGGUACACCGACAGAGUCCUCUUGGCCUGGCGUAACCACUCACCCUCAAUUUAGCAAAGCUCUGACCUAUGGACCCCACCCCCCUUUGGGCCGUUUUCCCCUCUCCCCACAAUUUUCUCCCUCGGGUCAAGCUCUUCUCAGUAGCCUACUUGUUUACCCCGGCUCCCAUCGCAUUUUGGCCACCGAGGCCCUCAAACACGAGUACUUCUCCCAGCCUCUAACUAGCACGGCUACCACGACUACUUCAGGGCUAGGGACUGGAUUACCUCUUGAAGCAUUGGCGAAACUCCCCGAUUGUACCAGCGUGUUUGAAGUCCCUGGAGUGAGACUCUUUCGAGAUCCCGGAAUUGCUCCUCAGUUGCCCUCGGUAUCGAAAACUACUGCCCAUCAUGGCCAUAGGAGUACCAAUGGGGGUGGUGGUGGCGGUGGUGGUGGUGGAGUGAGCUAUCGAAACUCGAUGCCGGUGGUGUAUAAUGAAUUCAAUAAUCAACCGAAGCCUAGUCAAUCCCAUCUCAAUCAUCCUCAUCUCCAACAACCCACCAACAGCCAUUCAACACAUCUAUUUGCCCAACAAAAACCAUCCCAUCAUCAUCACCACCACCAUCAGCAACAACAGGCCUACAUCCAUCGACAAUCUAGCGUCACAGUCCCUCCACCCUUACCCCCACACCAAUCAGGUGCUAGUAGUGCAGCCACUGCCUUUGUCAGCGGUGGAAACACCGUCUAUCAGCGUCCAGUCUCCAUAGCAAUCAGUGGAAGCAGUUCCAGCUCCGUACGACCUCCAGUCAUUGCUCCUCGAUGCUACAUGCCCAUGCCCUCAAACGGAGGAAGCGGUAGUAAUAACAACAACGGCCAAUACUUCCAUCAACAACACAAAGGUGCCAGUGGAAUAAUCAGCUACGGACCUGGAGGUACCGGAGUGUUUCUAAAUUCUUGUGAUAUGAAACAGGCUCAGAGUUCUUCAGGGUCAGCGUCUAUGAACCUCUUUGGGCAGUAUGUGGGCCACCAGCAACAGCAGAAAUUGCAGUAUCAUAAUGGAAAUGGUGGACUUGUUGGAGGGGGGCCUAUUGCCUACAAUGCUCGCAUGAUUGGUAAGUGA